GAAAGGUGCGUUGACCUUCGCGCCAACAUUACCCAGCCUUUGCGCCACCACGACAUCCGGCCGCAACGUUGACGCUGAAUUGUGCUUCACAGUACCUUCCAUUUGCAAUGCCGGGAUACGACUGCGCUCGAAUGGGGCGCUGAACAUGCUAUGCGAGGAGGACCGCAUACAGCUGCAGGGUCGCACCGCCCAGCAAGUUCGAAGCUGGAUAGCCUCCAAGACGCUCGCCAUGCGACUCUAUCUAUCGAAGCUACAACUCGUAUUCAAUUCGACUCUCCCCGUCAGCACGCUGCCGAACGAGAUUUUGGUCGAGAUCCUGUUCUUGCUUCGGCGCUAGACUACCGCAACACAUGGAUCACGAGGGCCAUGGGCGUAUGCCGGCACUGGAGGGACACCAUCGUGGAUGCACCUGUCUUGUGGUCCAAAAUCGAUCUGUCGGCGGGACCACGCCUCAUAACGCACUAUCUUACUCGCUCGAGCAACACAGGCCUCGCCUAUAUGUACCAGGGCCCAGGAGAGGGGAAAUAAUCGAGCAGCAUCGACUUCUCUAUGAUCACCCCCUUCUCGCUGCGCAUCAUUCGCGAAUCACGAAUAUCAUCUCUAUAUCAACAAUAACGCGACGAUGAGAUGAGUCACUGUGGAAAGAGCUAGACGUCCCGUUGCCGCUUUGUUUUCGUUGGAGCUGGAGACUUUAUGGUACUCGUGGACGCCGAGUCCUCUCCCC